AUGGCGGCUCCGGAGUCGGAAGUGCUGGCCCCGGAUGCAGUCCCUGACCCAGAGUGGUGUGAGAAGCCAGAGGAGACCUGCGCUCCCAAGCUGCUCGAGAAUGCUGCUUCUGCCCAGGAACCCCCCAACCCAUUGGAACCCUUUGGCCCCAGAGAUUACUUGGUGCCUGUAGUGUUUCCCGGACCUGUGAGCCAGGAAGGCUGCUGUCGCUUCACUUGUGAACUUCUGAAGCACAUACUAUACCAACGCCAGCAAUUCCCACUGCCCUAUGAACAGCUUAAGCUCUUCUACCGAAAACCACCUCCGCAAGCAGAGGACGUGAUGAAGAAGAAACCUCGGGCCGGUGCCGAGGUGAACAGCAGAAAAUGCCAAAAAGCCCUGAUGGAACUGGAGAGUGUCCUCAGCCACCUGGAGGGUCUCUUUGCCCGGACAGUAGUGCCACGGGUGCUGAUACUCUUGGGGGGCAGUGCCCUAAGUCCCAAGGAGUUCUACGAGCUGGACUUGUCCCGCUUAGCCCCCAGCAGCAUGGACCAGAGCCUGAGCACAUCAUCCUGUCUGCGCCGCCUCUUCCGAGCCAUCUUCCUGGCUAAUGCCUUCAAUGAGCUGCAGGCUCCCCCGCUCAUGGGCACCAUUGUCAUGGCCAUGGGGCACCGUGACUGUGGGGAGGAUUGGUUCAGACCUAAGCUCAACUACCGAGUGCCCAGCCAGGGCCACAAACUCACUGUGACCUUGUCCUGUGGCCGCCCCUCCAUUCCCGACACAGCCUGGGACGAUUACGUUUGGUUCCAGGCACCAGUGACUCUGAAAGGCUUCCAUGAAUGAGCAGAGGUGCUGCUUUGAUUGUGAACUCAAUAGCUAAUCUCCCC